AUUGGCAGGAAAUUGUCACUUCUCAAAGCUCUCAAAAGCUCUGAACUCAGGACUUCUCUUUCUCUUUUAUCAGAUAUUUAUUAACAACUUUUGUAUUCAUUUCUUCUAAAGCUAGAGGGUUUGGUGCCACAGAUGCAUAUUGAUUGAAAAGGAACUAUCAGCAUGUAUUAUCAGAAAUGGAUUUCUUUUGCUUUGAUCCUUAUUCAUGUGGGGCCGUGUCUUCCCUGCAUGCACAAUUGUAAUACUAAGGAGAUGGAACCAGGUUUGAUGAGAUCUCAGAAUGUGAAACAUAGCCGUGUUCAGAGCUUGCUGGUUGCAGAGAAAGAAAUGAUGUCAACACUUCCUUUGAAAUCAGGCCAGCUGAAGUUUGACUUAGACAAGCAAGAUAAUUCUCUGAAGGACAAUGGUCCACAAUUCUUGGAUGGGCCUUAUGAAGCCACAGUUCCUGAAAUGUCUCCAGAAGGUACCUCAGUGAUUCAGGUGACAGCAACAUAUCCAACAGAUGUUCGUCUGAUUUAUAGUAUUCUGCCAGAACAGCCCUAUUUUUCUGUGGAACCAACUUCAGGUGUGGUUAGAACGGCUUAUCCAGGGGACAGAGAAACUCAAGAUAAAUAUUUUGUUGUUAUCAAAGCUACAGUUGAACAAAUUGGUGGACCUUCAGGAACAACAACAGUAACUAUUAAUCUCUCUGAUGUUAAUGACAAUCCUCCUCGUUUUCAGCAUAAGCGCUAUGAAAUGAAUGUAUCGGAGGCAGCUCCUGUGGGCACCAUCCUUGGCAAAAUCAUGGCAAAUGACAGUGACAUAGGGGACAAUGCAGCUAUGGAUUACAUAAUAGAAGAAGAUAACCCUCAUAUCGUUUAUAUCAUUACUAAUAAUGAGACCCAGGAAGGAAUUGUCAUAUUGAACAAGACAGUUGAUUAUGAAAGUCAAAGGGCAUACAAAAUAAAAGUUAAAGGCAUUAACAGACAUGUUGAAAAGCGCUUCCUUGAAAAAGACACUAAGUUUGAAGAUGAAACUAUUCUCAGGAUUAUAGUUAAGGACGCUGAUGAACCUCCAGUUUUUGUAUCAGAGGAAUUCUUUAUGGAGGUUGCUGAAGACAACUGGAAUGGCUCAUUUGUGGGGACUGUGAGUGCCAGAGAUCCAGAUGAUAUUGACAGUCCAAUCAGAUAUUCUAUUGCCCACAGCAAGUAUUUAAAGACAUUUUUCAGCAUCAAUGAUCACAAUGGAACAAUUAGUAUAACUGAACCUCUGGACCGAGAGAAACAGAUUUGGCACAACCUAACUGUUACUGCCAUAGAAUCAAUAAACCCAAAACAAAUGUCAGAAGUAAAUGUUUAUAUUAAAGUUCUUGAUGCAAAUGAAUAUGCACCAGAAUUUGCAGAAUACUAUGAGACGUAUGUGUGUGAGAAUUCAAGAGCUGGGCAGCUCAUCCAAACAAUCAGUGCAGUAGAUAAAGAUGAUGCAAUGAAAAAACAUAAUUUUUCAUUCUAUUUGAUGGAAGAGAGCAAAAACAAUUCCAGUUUUGAACUUGAAGAUAAUGAAAAUAACACUGCCAGGAUCCUUACUACAAGAAGUCGGUUCCGUCAUUCUGAACAAUUUAUUUAUCCCUUGUCCAUACUAAUUGUGGACAAUGGAAUCCCUGCUCUCACUGGCACCAGCACUUUGACCGUCACUGUGUGUGAUUGUAAUGAAGAAGUUAGCCUUUUGUCCUGUAGAUACGGAGCAUUCCUGAUUUCAAUGGGGAUUAGUGUACAAGCUUUAGUUGCUAUUGUAGCUUGCCUACUCAUAAUAUUAGUAUUUGUUUUAGCAGUUGUGGCUUUGAAGCACCAAACAAAGCCAGCAGCAGCAUUUCACGAGAAAGGAGAAAUAUUCAGAGAGAAUAUUUUCAAGUAUGAUGAUGAAGGAGGUGGAGAACAGGACACUGAGGCUUUUGAUAUUUCUGCACUGAGACCACAAACUGUUCUGCGACAACACAAGCCACGAAGAAAUAUUACAACAGAAAUCCAGAGUCUUUACAGGCAAUCUCUUCAAGUUGGUCCUGAAAGUGCAAUAUUCCGGGAAUUCAUUAAUCAAAAGCUAGAAGAAGCCAAUUGUGAUCCAAAUGUUCCUCCUUAUGAUUCCCUCCAGAUUUUUGCUUUUGAAGGAACAGGUUCAUUGGCUGGCUCCCUUAGUUCAUUGGAAUCAAACUCAGUGGGAUCACUUAUGGAUGACAAUUAUGAUUACCUUGUUGAACUAAGACCUCAAGUCAAAAGUUCAGGAAGCAUGAAUAACUACAGUUUGGCAGAAUGUUGAAGUGCUAAGAAGUGCUAAUAUCAAAAGAGUGGGAAAGAAUUGGAAGGGUGAUUAGGAUAAUCUGAAAAAUCAGAAGACAAAGAAAUUGAUGGCUCUGUCAAGCACUGUUAAACUCAGCACAAAUCUUAUUGCUGACACAUCCUUUUCUAAUACACACUAUCACAACUGAAAAAAAUAUGUCAGCACAUGGGAAUAAGAGAUCCACUACAUACACUCUUAAAAAGAAGAUUCUGAAAUUAAUAACAAAUUGUGCUACUCUCAGAUUAUCUUUUGGGCCUUAGCAGGCACAGGGAUAUUUUAUUUUUCAAAAGCCUUAUUAAAAUCAUGAGCAGAAACUGUAUUUUCUAAGAAAGUUUUCAGCAGAAGAAAGACAUUAGAGUGCAGAGUUUUAAUUUUUGAACUAUUUACAAAACUGUAGAUAUAUUGACUACAGUUUAAUUAUCAUCAUAGUAAACUAAUAUAUGCACACACACUUUGUUUUAUAAUAUAAAUGCAAUUAUACAGAAUUAUAUAUGUAUGAAUUUAGAAACAUGAACAAUAAUGUGGAUGAACUAGAAACCUGGAGGAAGAUCAACAUAAUAUUCCCAACUCAAACCUUCUGUACUUUCCUACAGUUGCCUUAUGUCUCAUAGCUUUUUUCCCCAGAUAAAUUAACCAAUUUGCUAUUACACAUAACUUAGCAUUUGAUUGUUUCUUAUGUCUCUGCAUAUUCUUUAGAAUAUAAAUUAUUCUAUUUUUCUAAAACAUGCUAGAAUAAAAGCAUGAUUUGUUAAUAAAUUCUGCACUGGAAUUAGAGAUUGAACAGUUGCAACAUAUUAUUUGAAUUUAUGAUUCAAGAAUCAGGUAAAAUAAGUUAUUCAAACUUAUUUAAGUUUCAAUAUUUGAUUAAAUUUUAAAACAUUGACCAUGAAGUAUUAUGGGAAAAUAUUAAAAUAUUUGUGACUUCUACUCUUGGGAAAAUGGGAUGAAAAUAGCAAAAAUGUAGCACCUAUAUAGGAUGUUAACUAAAGUGUUACUUACAUAGCUUCAAGAAUUUCACCACAAUCAAAUUUUAAAAUAUUCUCUGCAUUUCUUUUAAAGCCGCAAUAGGUUUAGAGAAAAAAGAUUAAAAGACAGUCUUUAGCAAAAAGCCUACAGUGAAUUGAAUUGAACCACUGCAGAGAAAGAAAGAAAGAAAGAAAGAAAGAAAGAAAGAAAGAAAGAAAGAAAGAAAGAAAGAAAGAAAGAAAGAAAGAAAGAAAGAAAGAAAGAAACUUUUGGUAAAGAUUAAAGAGUUCACCAUCUGGAUUUAGGACCUACAAGUUUAUUGGCUUGCCUUAUUGUCAAGAUUAGCCAUGCUUAAAUUGUUUAUGGAACAAUUUAAAAGCAUGUGUGAGAAGCAAGUGCAUUAAGACUUCUUUGUAUAUGAUACAAUACUAUAUAAAGGAAUACUCUAUUAUACGUAAUAGUCUAAAAAGCAAGCACUUUAUCUCAGACUCAUUUAUUUGCUGAAAACUCACUCUCAGGCAAAAGAAAAAAGAAAAAGAAAAACAGGCUUUUUGUCUUAUUUAAAAUUUUGAAGGGAUGGUGGGGAGAAUGAAAAAGAAUAUAAAGGAAACUAAAAGAGCAGAGGAAUUGCAGAGAUUGUCUUACCAUUCAAAUACAGUUAUUUGAUAGUUAAGGGAUUAUAAGAAUCUGAGGAAGAGGUGAUAACAGAGAGAGAGAGCAAACCAAGCAAAAUAAACUCAAAGAUGUCUCUUCUCUUGUCCUUCCAGGCAGAUCUACAGAAAAAAAAAAUCUAACUGAAAAGUAAGAAACAAACAAUAAAAUAAUAUUUCCCCAAAUAUUCUGAUAAGCAGGGUUGAUGAAGGAGAUAAAACUCAAAGACUCAUAUCAGUAUUGGAUCCCAUGACAUCAUUCAGGUCCCAUGAGAUCAUUCUGCAACAAUGUUUAAGCAUGGAACAUAUACUGAUUCUCCAAAUCUUCUUUGAACUCUGAAACAAUUUAAAUCAUCUAAUCAGUUAAAUGUCUUAGAGAGAUUCGAUUUGAAGGGAUAAUCUGAUAAAAUCUCAUGAACUUGAAGAUCUUUUCAAAGUUUUGCAAAACCUUAAUAGUCAACUUGCAUUCACAGCUGACACUUUUCAAAAUCCAUUUGGAAGUUUAUUGAUUUCUCACUGGCAGAAAUAUGAAAAAGUUAAAAUUGAGCAAUUUCAAAAAUAAAGGAAUUUUCACUUUAAUUGCCCUAAACAGUUUAUGUUACAGUCUAUAAAAACAAAUGCUAUUCACAUUUACUGUAGCCCUUCCCUUCUUAAAAAUGAUUGAUUUCCUAGUGUUAUUUUAUUUUUACUAUAGAAUAUAAAAUUAGCUUCAGCAAUCAAUUUUAUUAUCAGAAUAUUAAAAAAAAACUUUUAAAAUGCUGACAUAAAAUGUUAUGUAUAAGUUAAUAUUAAUAAUAAGUUAAUACAAGGCAUUAAUGUUAAUCUAGCUUUUAAAGAAAUGAUCCCAUCCAUUACAUCUCUUCAAAAUUAAAUUAAAUGUUCCUAUUGUAUUGUUUGUUUGCACAAUCUCUUGACAUAAUAAAAUUGCCCAAAAUGAAAAAUACUGACUACCUCUAAUGUUAGACAAGUCAGAUCAUGUAUAAGUUACAGUACAAAGCAUCUAGGUUAAGGGACCGGGUAAACUACAUAUGAACAUUUAGUAUUUUUUGAGAAUAUCAAAAGAAGCUUGUGAUACUCAGCCACAAAAUAUUACCACAGAACAAGUUGCAAUUUCAUGAACACUGGAUGGACUGUUUUAUUUUUCAAGCAAAUAAAAAAAAAAUGUCAACUGAAUAUAAGUUAAGUCUAGAUAAUCCUGGGAAAUUGAUAUGGAGCAUUGUAAGCACUAGUUGGCAACCUGUGGUUUUCCAAUUGUUCUGAAAUCAAAUCCCAUAGGGCUGGUGAUCGAAGAUAAUCCUGCCAUUCAAUGACAUGUGGAGGUUGCUCACUGCUGUGCAUUGUGGGGAAACCUACUUAUAUUAAAUCUCACAGGUGAUUGCUUGUAUAUCCUCCCAAUUGAGGUCAGUUAAUUAGAUGUGUGUGUGAAAGAACAACUUCGACAUUAUUGGGACAGAAAUGUUAUACAGAGAGGGAAUCCUAGAGAAGGCUAUUGAGCCAAAGCAGGCAUCUGACUUUUGCAACGUAUUAUGCCGUGACCUAAUUUUUUACUUCCCAAAUGAUGUUCAGUUUGGUACCUUUAUAUUAUUUUAUAGUUAAGGUUAUGUCAGAAAUAUCUUUGUUUACAAUGCUCAGAUAUCAGAAUGCAUUCCAAAACAGACAUUGUGAAGGAGAAAUACAUUUAAGAAUGCAUAUUUCAAAAGCAGAUGUGUUAAAAUAUAUGCAUUUAAUGCGUGUGUGAUUUGAUUUACAUUUCAAAUCAAUAUGUGUUUUAAUUACAUCAGUUGGGAAAAACUAUAUUUUUAAACUAUAUUGUUUAACUAUAUUUUUAACUUUAAAAUGUUUAAGUAUAUUUUUAAAUGCAAAAAGUAGCAAAAGUAGCAAAAAUGAUAUUGAUAAAAAGGAAAUUGUACCAGAAAAGGCAAUACAAUAUGUAUCAUUGUGCUUUAACAUCACUAAAGAAGGUGCAACCUCUGCUCUGGAAUUCAAUGAGAAAUGGCUUCAGUACCAUUAAAUAUUGACCAAGAAAUAAUUUUACUGUUCUAAAGAGUAACUAAAGAAAUAUAAUAGGGCAGCAAGGAAUAAAGUAUGUUUUUUCCUCUUUCAUAUUUAAAGAAUGAAAAAAGGAUGGGAAAAAUCUGUAAUCUACAAAUUGGUUACAAUAUUUGUUAUUAGUAGUAAUAUACUUAUGCAACUGCAUCUUUCUCAUCUGCUCAAAUUCUAUUGAUGGAUAAAUAAUGAGUAUCUGCAGAAUAUCUAAAUUGUGGACUGAACUGCCAAAGACAGCACAAAAAUUUCCUUUUAGAAUGCAUUUCAUAUGUGUGAGGUUGUUAAGACAUGGUGGGAGCAGUGACCUUUGUAGACUGAGAGCUCAGGAACUGACUAGUAAAUUACACAAAGGAAAGCUAGUAGUCUCCCAAAGAACCUGCUGAAGUUUAUUUCCCCAGGGACAGAUUUUUAUUUUUAUUUUUUAAAAAAAGCCUAAGCAAUCCAUAAUAAGAAGUCAAACUAAUGUUCAAAAUAAAAUAUCUGACCAAAUAAAUUCAUUGUUCUAACAGCAGUAAUGUGAAGCUUAGUCUUCUUCUUUGUCACCAAUAGUUUCAGGAAGCCUUCAGCUUUAGCUGUUGCAUUGUCCAGCUUGUACAGUCUCUGGCUCCCUUUCUGUCCAUCUUGAGGAGUGAAUUCUAUUCUCUGCCUGGACAUUGUCUUGAAUCAAGGCCAGGCAGCAGAGAAGAUUGGAGAUUUGUUUGUAUAGGCCUGAUAAAGUUGUCCCAGUGAUGCUUUCCCAAAAGGCAACUGUACUUUUUUUUCCCCUUGAAAACAUUUCGGUUCUCGUUCAAGGGUGCAAAUGGGUGUGGAAAUUUCUUGGGACUGAAGUCCCAGAAAGUGGCACACCUAGUUGCACUCUGAUUUAGAUGACUUUGGGGAUACAGAUGAAGCCCCAAGUGGCCUCAAGGACUUUCAGAGAGCUGACACAGAUGACUUCAAAGAAUAUAAAUCCUUCCUUUCCUCACCAUUGAGUUAGAACUGAAGAAGCUUCUUGGAUGAGAAGUGAAACAUUUUCCAGAAAAACAAACAAACAAACAAACGAAAACCAAGAAAGUCCAGUUGCCUGUUGGAAAAGCACCUUUGGGACAGCCAUGACCUGGAUGAUUGAGAAUUGCUAUAGAUGCCUGAUAAAGUUGAUUUACCAGGUUCCUUUUCUGUUCGUUUCUCUUUGUUACCUUCUGCUCUCUCCCUCAGCCUUCUUCUCCAACCCCAACCUGCAAAAGAACAUGCUAGAUUGGAUUCUGAAGUUUGCCACAGUAGUAUGCCAGGAUUAGCAGGCUACUAUAACUAUAGCCAUUUUUUUUAAAAAAUGCCUAAAUAUGUAGUCUUAGGUACAUUUAUUUUGGGGAACUUGUUUCCAAAUAUUUAUUACAACAUUCAGGUGAGAAUCAAAGAGAAUCAAUUAUAAGAAUCCUAGGAGGAAGCAGCACAUACAUUAAUAUAGCUAAUAAAUUGUAAUACAAUGUAUAAAUUAUGUAAAAGAUAAACAGUGAACAAUUUAUCUUUUUGCUUGCUUGUUUUUUGGGGAGCAAACAUCCAUUUCUAUGUUUAUGUGGUAGUGCUGAGACUCCUGCUGAGGAGACAGAGAUGAAAGUUGGCUACAUAUGCAGAACUUCGCAGCAGUUUCCUGAAGCUGCUUUUAUCUUAUGGUUGGAUAACUUAGUAACUCAAACUACUAAAGCAAUUUAACAUAAGAUAAAUAGCUUCUGGUUUAGGGUUUACUGGAUAACUCUUGUCUUUCCUUCAGGAAUAAUGUUUUUUUUUUAACAGCAUAGCCAGAGAAAAUGCACACAUUUUGUGAAUCAAUGUUUCUACCGCAUUUUGUAUUUGUUGUAAAAACUACUGCAUUCUGUAUUUUGCUGGAAACCGAACUGUUGCUUUUAUAUAUUUUGCAAAAUACUUUUCCCCCAGAAAGUUUAAUAAAUAACUUUUAGAAAGGAGAGUUCUGUGAAGCAACUUUAUAAAGCUGAAGACAAGUGAGCUCUGCAAUGCAUGGUCUGUGACAGCUAUGUGCUAACAAUUUAUAACAGCUAUCACAAGAAUUGGAAAGCAUCAAGAUUCUUUAGGGAGAUGUAGAAGAAGGAAGAUUUCACCUAACUAAAUCGGUACAGGCUUAGCAGAUUUCAAUACACUUAUUUCUAUAAAUUUUCUUUUUAUUUUAGGUAUGUUGAAUACUCUGAAUGAAAUAUAAAACCUACUUAUUUCGUUAUUAGCUAUAAUUAUAGAAAUCAUAGAAAAUGAUGGAUAGUUGGAAGAUACAUAAUAAUCUGAUGUUUUCUUUCACUGAUUUACUAAUAUUUAUAUUAAAACAAUCUUUAAAUUCAUAUAUCACUCUUUUAAUUCCAGCUCACCAUAUCUUAUACAUCCAUACAGUUGUCCAAUAAAAUAUUUCUAUAUUUCACUGGUAAUACUUGUAUUAAUCUAUAUUUCUGUUAUGUUUAGAUUAUAAAUUACUAUCUAUUUAAAAGCAAACAAUAUGCACCCUUCAGAUGAAACAAUACUGCACCAUAAUUAAGAAAAAGAAAGAUUACUGUAGCCAGCUAAACUUAAGAUCUGGCAAUUGGUUUCGUAAAUCAGCUGUGACAAUUAAUU